UUCUCCAGUGCUACACUCCAACAUGUGAAGAAGCAGGACUUGUCGCUGGUAACUGGGGUUAUCAGUUGGAACAGAGGGGAUGGAGGGGAGGGUGAAGCCAGAUUUAACGAUAGGUAGUUAAGGUAAAUUGGGUCUAAUAAAGAAAAUAGGGUCUGAUCCCGGCCUGGGAAAACCAGAACUACCACUGGGAAACUGAAAUGUUAAAGUCCUCACGGCCCAGGUCUGUCCUAAAGAACUGUUAAUGAAGCAGAGAUGCUAAUCAAACCACCCUGGGCCCUUGCUGUGCAGAUCUCUUCUCCCCACCCCAUCAGGCCACCUCUUUGUCACCUUUGGGCCUUUCUACCCACAUUCCCCAUCACAAGCAGGAUACAGGGACACAAAGGAUCGGAAUGUGGGAAGACAACGGAAGACCUUAGAUAUAAAAGGGAGAAGACCUCCCCUUUGCACGGAUUUCGCCUUUCGGGUCCCCUUCUUCCUCCUGGGGGAAGUCUUUUCUGCUAUCCUUCCACUCUCCACUCCACGUUCGCCUGGGCGUGCUUCUCUCGUGUUGUACUUCAGCAUUCGGGGAAGCAAGGACUCGGCACAGUAAACAGCGGUAACAGAUUGGAGAUUCCACUGAGAUCCUACCGAGUCUCUCUGACGCCACUCCUCCUUCAGGACCCCUGGAUCCCCCACUGGGACCAGAAUCGUUUGCAUAGAUGGGAGCUUCUCUCUCCAGUGGGCCAGGUGCACCACUCACCUGCAUAUUGAAAAACUGGGAUCAGUUUGACCCACAGACGCUCAAGAAAAAGCGCCUCAUUUUCUUCUGCCGCCAGGCCUGGCCUCAAUACAAACUCCCUGAUGGAGAAUCCUGGCCACCAGAGGGAAGUAUCAAUUUUAAUACAAUUUUACAGCUGGAUAAAUUUUGCAAAAGGGAAGGGAAAUGGUGUGAGGUGCCAUAUGUGCAGGCUUUCUUUGCCCUAAGGGAAAACCCCAAAUUAUGCCAACAAUGUAAAGUAGACUUGGCUGUGACCUCUGCCAUGAAGAGAGAAAAUCUUAAGGAGUCACCUACUGAGGAGAAAGAAUUGGGAGGACCCAUGAAAUCUCCAUCCCCUGCUGGUGUCCAGCAGUGGCCCUCCUGUCUCCCAUACCCUGGCCUCUCUCUAUUUGACAUAAUAGUCAGAUCAAAUGUAUUACUCUUCCCAGAGAUGCCAGGAGGAGAAUUUGGACCCAUCAAAGCACGUACCCCCUUCUCCCUUCAAUACCUAAGACAGAUAAAAACAGACUUAGGGAGAUUUUCAGAGGAUCCAGAUAAAUAUAUUGAGGUAUUUCAAAAUCUAUGCCAGGUGUUUGACUUCACCUGGAAAGAUAUUAUGCUAUUACUCAACCAGACUUUAACUUCCAAUGAGAAGGAAGCCGCCCUAAGAGCAGCUGAACAGUUUGGAGAUGACCUGUACCUUGCUCAUGCCCCAGCGGCACAGACCAGGAGCAAACCCAAUUAUCCAUCCGGAGCACAGGCAGUUCCCAGAAAUGAUCCUGACUGGGACCCCAAUGAUAAACAGGAUGCUUGGAAAAUUAGACAUUUCCAAAUGUUGGUCCUUGAGGCCCUCAGGAGAAUCAAGCAAAAGCCCGUUAACUAUUCGAAGGUUUCGGAAAUCAUUCAGGGCCCCCAGGAAAGCCCUGCUAUUUUCAUGGAGAAACUCAGGGAGGCAAUGAGAAAACACACCACCGUGGAUCCUGAAUCCAUAGAGGGCCAACUACUUUUAAAGGACAAAUUUAUCACUCAGUCAGCCCCAGACAUUCGGAGGAAGUUACAAAAAUGGGCAUAUGGCCUUGAUCAAUCUUUAGAUGACAUCCUCCGACUUGCUACUUCCAUUUUUUAUAAUAGAGACCUAGAGGAAAAGAAGGAGAAAGAGCACAGAGACAGAAAAAGGACCGAAACCCUGGUAUCCUCUCUUAGAGGAGUCAGCUCCCAGGGUGAAAAGGGAGGCAGACGAAAUGCUCCUCAGUCCACAAAAGGGACUUGUUUCCAUUGUGGAGAGGGAGGACAUUUCAAACGGGAUUGCCCACGGGCAAAACGACCACCCCCAAAGCCCUGCCCUAAGUGUCAAGGCAAUCACUGGAGGAGUGACUGUCCCCAGGGACGUAGGUCCUCGAAGCCUGACUCCUCCACACAGGCCUGAUGGGCCCAGGGUCAAUUCUGUGAGCCCCGGGCAUGCAUCUCCCUAAGGAGCCAAGAGGUUGACUUCCUCUUUGAUACUGGCACCACUUCUUCUGUACUCACUUCUUACCCGGACCUCUUUCCCCUAAUAUUGUACCAGUCAAGGAGCGUCUGGAUGGCCUAUUACCAGGAAGUUUACACCCCCACUGAGUUGUAAGUGGACAGGAUGAUGUUUUCGCAUGCAUUUCUGAUUGUCCCAGAAUGUCCUUUAUUGAGAAGAGACUUACUUUCAAAACUUCAGACGUCCAUUACAAGGAAUUUGGGGCAACAAGGACCAUGAUGUUUGCUUUUAUUAGAAUGUAAUCUGAACCCUGAAGUGAGGGCCACGGAGGACAAAAUCAGACAAAAAGUGCAGUCCCAAUCAAAAUAGUCUUAAAAGAUCCCUCUGUUUUUCCACAUCAGAGAUAAUGUCCCCUACACCCAGAGGCAAAAAAAAGGGGGGAGGCUUAUUAAAGAUCCUUUAGAACUUCAAAGGACAGAAACUUUUAGCGCCCUGCAACAGCCCGUGUAACACACCCAUUUUAGGAAUUCAAAAACCCAAUGGGGAAUGGUGCCUAGUCCAGGACCUCAGAAUAAUUAACCAAAGCAAUUGUUCCUCUCCGCCCUGUGGUUCCUAAUCCUCCCUGUGGUUCCUAAUCCGUAUACUCGGUUAUCCGAGAUUCCAGCAGCCACUGCUUGGUUUACUAUGUUGGAUUUCAAAGAUGCCUUUUUCUGUAUACCUUUAGACUCCUAAUUGCAAUAUCUAUUUGCCUUUGAGGAACCAGAUAGUGGAUCUCAAUUAACCUGGACAGUAUUACCCCAGGGAUUUAGAGAUAGCCCUCACCUGUUUGGCCAAACCCUAGCUAAGGAUUACAAGAAAUAAUCCCACAAUUUGGGUUGCCUCGAAGCCUACAGAGUGACAAUGGAGCAGCUUUGGAGAUCUCAAUCCUCAGGAAGGGUAGAGAAAACUAAUUCUCCUUCCCAAGGAACCGAGGAAGGAUACUCCUAUACUCCAACAAAUUGUGUUUUUUUACAAGCCAAUGACUAGUUUGGAACAGUCUGGCUCUCUAGACCUAGAAUUAUUUGGCCAGCACCCAAUGGAACUCAAUGGGUAUAUGAAAGUAACCUAUGGCCCUGGCUUUUCCCCAGGCUGCAUAGGGAGAUGUAUUAUUGUUGGGUAUCCCGGGAUGCAAGGGAGAUGGACUCCAAAUGUAGAACAGCCAGCAAACCUCCCCAGUCUCAAACAUAGAUGGGGACAGUCUGUGUUGGUGGGUAUGAUCAUCUAGCUUCACUGUUUAUUAUGUGGCACAUGGAAACCUUAAACAAUUAUACCACACUGCCCUCCGAGAGGUGGAGGCAAGCUUCUCUCUCCCUAUCACUGAAGUAACGCUUAUGAGGAAGGCCAUCUUCCAAACCGGAUAGCCUUAGAUGUCCCCACUGCAGCCCAAGGCAGACCUUGUGCCAUUCUUAAAACUGAAUGUUGUGUUUACAUCUCAUGACAAUUCUGGCAACGUUGACUAAUACCCUUAAAGAUUUACAUGCUCAGGUAGAAGCCAUGUCCUUGCCAACCUUAUCACCAGGAACAAUUCUUAGCUCCUGGUUCUCUGGUACCUCCUGGUGGGAAACAUUGUUAGUCUCUGUCGCCGUCAUCACACUCGUUGGCAUAUUCCUAUGCUGUGGCAUUUACUGUUGCAUUAACCUUAUUCCAGGACUAAUAACUCUCGUUUCUCUUAUAGACCACCCAUCACUCAAAUGGCCCUCUAGCCUGUUGCUUCUCAAUCGGACUUCUCUACUGGACCACUCGAUAGACCCGAUUUUUAAAGGGGGAACUCCAAUCUGCUUGCUGCACGCCGCCCCCUUCCAGCUUGAAGAAGCCAGACGAUCAUCAUCGUCCCAUUUCCUUACAGCAGUAAGGAGUUCCUCAGAUUAGGGGGGGCGGGAUGAAGCCAGAUUUAAAGAUAGGUAGUUAGUGUAGUUAGGUAAAUCGGGUCUAAUCUAGAGUCUAGUAAAGAAAAUGGAGUCCGAUCUAAGCCUGGCAAACCAGAACUUCAUCAGAACUACCAAAAUGUUAAUGUCCCCAAGGCCCCGGACCCCUGUUAAUGAAGCAGCUCCCAGCAGAACAGGGAGAGGUUCAUCAAACCAUCAUCCUAGGCCUUCCUGCCCAGAUCACUCAGCCUUGCCCUACUGGCCCACCUGUUUCCCACCUUUUGGCCUUCCCACCUGCAUCCCCCAUCACAUCAGAAUAGAGGGGAAUGCAGAACAGGAAUGUGGGAGGAGAAAAGAAGAACUUAGAUAUAAAAGGAAGAAGACCUCCCCUUUCCACGGAUUUUGCCUUUUGGGUUCCCUUCUUCCUGAGGUGGGGGGUGUCUUUUCUGCUUUCCUUUAAUAAAGCCUUCCACUGUCCACUCUA